ACUAUAAGUGUAUUUAUCUCUUACUUAUCUCAUAUACUAUAUUCCACGGGACAGCUCGCGUAGAGCACCAUUGUUGGUUGCGGUAUAAAUAUAGAGUCUCUCUCUCGCUAGAAUUACGUAUCCCCAGCAAAGUCUAGCUCUCAACUCGUCACCAAACUAAUCUCCUACCGCCUUUGCCCGAACAUGAGUACUAACUCCUCCGCAACUCCAGAAGUUUUCGUCGUUCAUCAUGCGAUUCAUGCUGAGAGGGACAAUGAGUUCCGUGCUUUAGCGGUUUCUAGCGAAUUCCUCAAAGCGAACCAGAAAAUGUUUCGCGUACAAUGUACGCAGUGCCAAAUGAUAUUGGAGAAACCUUUGAAGUGCGCAAAGUGUAAGAGUAUUUGGUAUUGCUCAAAAGAGUGUCAAAAGAGAGACUGGCCCAUCCACAAAACGAGAUGCCGCGAGGUCGAACGUUCCUCGGGAGCCCUCAAAUUCAUUCGAAUGUUCGUCUUGAAUCCAAUACUCAUGGGGCUCCUCCAAGUUGGUAUCAUCAUCGAAUGUGGCCUGCUUGACAAUCCCCGGAUUGGAUUUGAUGUGCCGUUCGCGGUGUGUGUUGACUUUGCCAUUGAGCCGAGUGAUAUUCUGGACUUUGUUGGAUUGUAUUUCGGCAGCAAGUCUCCUGGGGAGAAGCUUCAAGGGAUGGUGCAGGUCAAUGCCAUAACUCAGUGGGAACUUACGCCGGAUCGGCUGAGCAGAUGGCGCGAGGCUAGGGCAAGGAAUGACGCAGAGGGUUUCGCCACAUAUCCCGUUGGACUCGUCGAUUUCAUUGAUGUUACCUGCACAAAGGACUUCGGGAAUUCGGCAACCACUGUGUUGCACUUUCAACCUAUGGUCCUUAACAUGGCAAAGGCACGAAAGCCUUUCAUAAGUAUCUCUGCUGUCACGGGCGCUGAAAUCAGGAAACCCAUGAAUGCUGUGACAUGUUUAGAGGUUCUCAACUUGCAUAUUCGAGCAGAUAAGGAUAAUCAGUUGCUUUUACGCACUGAGAUGACAGAUCAAGAUAAGGAAAUCAUUUGCGCUGCAGGUCGCAACGAGGACACAUAUCUGGCCCGCCUUGUUAACGAGAAGAUUCAAAGAGAACACCUCUAUGCUGCUCUCGCGCAACGAUACACUCAGUAGUUUAAUCAAAGCAAGGAAAUUCUGGCACGCGUCUCUCCCCUGUGACCUUCAAAUCAGCCUUGUACUAUGCUUCGUCUCAUCGAUUUCUUAUGUUGUAUCUACUCUUGCAAUGGAAGCAUUUGGACUGACAUA